AUGGCUGCCAUGGCCUCGAUGUGGUGGGGGUGGAGCGACGUCUGCUGCGCUCUCCUGUCGCCACCCCCUCCGUCAGACUUGCUUGCACGCCACUUUGGCACCACGCCCAAGAUCACCGAGCACGGCCCCGAAUGGGCGCAAUCACGCCUGCCGUUUCUCGCCAAGACGUUUACAGGCACGCGCCAGUGUGAGGACUACUUCCAGAUGAUGUCGCAGGUGCUCGACCUGUCGCUGCCCAGUGACGCGUUCCCCGGAAAGGACGGCUUCAUUGUCGAUGCCGAGGCAAACAUGGUGAGCGUAGUCGGCAAGGGCACGCUGACGAGCAGGAAGACGGGCAAGGCGUGGGACGAGCACUUCAUCUACCGCUUCAGCGAGUUUGAUCACGAGGGCAGGAUUGGCCAUUGGGAGAUCUGGGCGGAUCCCUUGAGUGCUUGGGAGGCGGUUGGUUCGUGAGGGGGUUUGGCGCCAAGCACACUGAAGCUCGCCCAGCUGAAAUGCAUACAUGCGCUCGAGAUCAUGAUGGAACAAUACACGCCGUAGUACUGGAAAAGCCUAUUGGACCCCAGAUGCUCCUCC